UCAGCCCUUAUGUCUUUGAGAUAUGUAUUUCGCAUCUGUCCGACCUCGAACAGCCAGAGAUAAUCCCACUUGUCAAUAUUUUCCUGAAUCUGAGUGGCCGGAGGAGUACAGUACCGCAUGGCAAAUACGAUGACAUGAAUCCAAAAAAAAAAACUGUCAGGACACUAGAAAAGUGCGAGAAUAAGUACGCUGAUUGGAUUUCGUUCGAAAGGUCGAAUGAUUCCAGCUCUUAUACCUACCGACUUUCGACCGUUUUGAUUUUGGCAUGGUUCAGUCGACUUGAUAAAAGAGUCGUUUUUAAGUCACAGUUGAAGCGAGUUUUCGACGCUAGUGACGAUGCCGUGAAUAAGGUCGAAUGGUGGUGGGUUCCCGCUUUGGUCCUUCACGCCACCCAAAAUUUAUCACCCGUCUCAAGAAUCGAUUUCACUCUAAAGGCGGUCACAAAGUGA